CGUGUCCCACAUUCUGUAUUGAUAUAAUACACACAAUACUACAGGUUAGCUAUGAAGUGUUUUAAUCUUGUAAUAAGCUCUUCAAUAACAACUUCUUUCAUUAAAGAACCUCUUCUCUUGUUCAAAUACUCAAUAUCUUCAAGAUAAAUCAAAUACCUGUCAGUACGAAAUCCAUCAACUGUGAUGAGAUCCUUUCCAACCUCUAUAUCAAGCCUUAGAAUGCAAAGAUGACUUCCUUGAUCUUUGCAAAGAUAUACUACUCUGCCUGCUUUUGAAUUACGUCACGAAGAAUUUCUAGAAUGGGGAGAACAGUAUAACCAUAAUCACCAAUAUCGAUGCCAAAAUGAUGGAAAUACUGCCAUGGGAUCUGGAAUUUGAAUAUCAUGAGAGAAUACUUUUGUCUCCUAGACGGAGAGAACCCGGCAAUAUCAUCAUUGUGAGAGAAUCCUUUUUGCCUCCAGUAAGGGAGAGAGCCCCCACAAUAUACUGCGAGAGAAAUAAUCAUAAUCAUGAUGCUAGGCCACAGUGCCUAUACAAUAGAACUGACUAUGAGAAUGAGACCCCGCAGUGUCAAGACAACUGAAGAAAGGGGGGGGGGUAAUACAAUACAGAAAGGACAGAACGUUCUCCUUGCAUGUUUUGCAUGUAUUUUUGCACAUAUGGGUCUAGUCCCUACGAGGAAACUAGAUGCCAGCUUUUGUAAUUAAUUAUUAUUGUGUUUUUGAAGCAAUUGGCAGUGAGCAGAUAGGUGUGUGACACUGGCUGAGAACACUUAAAGCAAUGUUGGUUAGCUCCCCGGCGGCUACUCCAGUCACGUGUCCCACUCUAUCUAUGUAGAGAACCUCGACUAAUAUUUAAUACACACAACAUGGUCAUAACUAGGUUAGCAGACAAACAACCGAAGACAGAACUGUUUAAUGCUGCAAAACUGUAUAUCAUGUAGCUAUUCUUGCUCCAUGCUCACGAUCCCUAGGCUAAGCCAGCGUUGUGCCCCGUCCGUUACUAUUUCCAGGGAAGCGGGAUGACACUACCAAUCACUAGUCGGGCUAAGAAGCCAAGGGUGCCCCCCCGGCAAGCGUCUGUCAUGGCCAUAUCGAGGGCGCUUUGGUUUGACCUUCCAGCCUCAUCCUCCCAAUUCGCCCCACGGGUAGGGGUAGUGCCCGAAUCUCUGCGGACCGCCUUGGUAGAACCAUAUCGGAUGAUUAUUAUAUGCGCUUUAGUACUUCCUGCUUCCUGCUUGGUUGGUGCGAAUGGUUUCUUGGCAAGCGCACCACGUUUGUUACAGAUCGCUAGCAGUAAAACGAAGCGGGAACAGCCACACUUCCAUAUCGUGGGUAACCAACGAGCCAACGAUGCUAACAAAGGCAUCCGCUGAAAGUCCUGCCUGAGGAUUUGGCUGAAAUGUGGCCCCUCAUUGUAACAGCAUUCCACCAUUUCAAGAUGAACUGGCUUGGCCUGAGCACUUAUUUUCGGGCAUGUCCGCGAUCCGUUUGGCUAUGCAGGUGACGGCUAGCGGGACGUUGCUCUGUACCCGCACAUCGAGGAUCAAUCAGUUGCCGGCGGCCAAGUCGACCGUUUCCCAUCCACUCUCCUGUGGUAAUUUUCAACCCCUCAGGCGGAGCAUGAUGCAGGAUCGGUCCACGAAUUCCAAGCCUUGGAAGAUUGCCUAGAUGGUUUUGUCCCCUUUUUCCCACUCUAGACCUGAUUACGACUCAUUCUCUCCUUGUCCUAGGCUUCCACCCGACUAAUAGAUGCCUUGGGUGUAUACUUUCAAUUGGUUAUAUAUGAUGCUGUUUGUCACCUCUAACACAUCAUUUUUCUCAUUUCAAUCCCCAUUUAUACCCACUUAUUCAUUUCAAUAAAAUAUCGCUCUACUCUUUAAUUUCUUUUGUCGUUUUCUUGCCAUUAUACCUGUCUUGUUUAUUUGGCGCUGUUUUUCAUCCCCUUUGGAGCAUCUGCACCUGCAACUACGCCACUUUCCACAGAUCUAGUACUCUGCCGCAUUUCCAUCUCUUAGCUGUCGAGAGCUUAACCGUUGAAUUGUUCCCGCUGUAUCGCAAAAGCUCCAUCAAUCCCGCUUUUGCCUGCAUAUCGCAACAUCCCCCCAGUUUAUUCCGGACCUCCCAGUUGACAAACGACAAGAGAAGCGAACAGACUUUUAGCAAGAUGUGCUACCAAGUUGUUGAAAGGUACUCCGUCUGUCGCUGCCUCUAUCACCGUCAUGCGGUAGACCCGUGCGAGGCAUAUGGUCAACGCGGCCAUGUAGUACAAGAGAAGACAGUCCUUGUUGGCUACGCGUGCACAGUCCAUUCGGCGCGGGGAACGGAGUCCAACACCUACCCAAAACCUACCAUGAAUUGUCCUGAUUCUGGCUACUCUAGCUGCAAAGGCCCAUAUCUUUAGAACCCGGCUUCUCCCGACUGAAGCAAUAUUCGGGCAAGUGGGAGAUUGGAAGUCGGCGUGGAGAGAGAGAGAGCAAGUUUGGGGCGGAACGGGCCUCGAUAACCCCCCCUACGUUACCUGUUGGGAUAUCAGGUAUCUUCACCCAGCUGGGAAACUUGCUAGAGAUGACUUGAGUGAUCUGCGCUGUGCGCUAUCGCUUUCAACAGCUCUAGCCUAACACUAUGAUCAACCUCCGCUCUUCUGCAAUGUCGAAUGGAAGUCAUUCUGGGUCCUAUUCUUGAUAUGAACUUUUACAGGAACACAGGCUGUUCCUUCUCUACCUACUCCGCCAACUUCGCCCACUGUUGGUAUCUCAUCACUCUACUUCUCCCUUCCUACUUCGAAAUUGAACGAAAUUCGAUACCAUGAUCAACGAUUCUCGCCGCCAUUCGGUCGACUGGCUCGACUGCUAAUCCUCACGCGUCACGAUAUAUUCCGGUGACUUCUUCAUAAAUCUCGUUUCUACAUAAAUCUCGUUUCUACAGUUAUUUUUCUUUUCUCUUUGUUUUUUCCUAGCUCUCAACGCAUAGCGUGCUCCGGGAGAGCCGCGGUAUAUCUCGUCCUUAGUUUCUGCUUUUUAGCCUAGCUUGAUUUCUGUCAUUGUCUAUCUCCUAUGAUUUAACUCGAUUUGAUUUUGUCUCUUUCUUUUGGCUUGCUUUCCAAACCAUAAAAACAUAUAGAAACACAGGAGAGAUGGAAUUGGUGGGACGAGAGAAGGAGCUUGGCUGCAAAACCACUUACAAUAUCUCCUUGCUGGCCGAGGACGAUAGCAACUCCUCCUAUCUGUCUUUCCCCGCUAUUCAGUAAUUGGAUGAACGCAACGAGUCAACGAUGUGUAUAACAAAAUGAGAUGUGGGAUGUUUGAAAAGCAGGAAAGGAAAAGCAGCACCUGAAAAGCUUUUGUUCUACGGACUUGUUCUCAUUUACUUUUCUACAAUCUAUCUUCUGCUUGGUUCUUUGAUUGGUUCCUGUUUAUUUCUCCCACUCAUUUAAUCUGUAAUAGUAGUGUUACGAUCUCUGCAUUUCCCUCUUUCUCUCCUUUUUCCUAUUAUGUGCUUAUACAUCACUAUCUUGACCUACUCGCUCGUUAAACCUAAUACUAUAGCGCAGGCUCGCUGGAAGUUUCUACCCUCACCUCGCCUGUUGGUAUUGACUACCACUAUAACUUGGCACGGGCGGAAUGCAGCGCAUUCAUUAUCUCCAUGUGGGCUGGUUAUGUCCAUAGCUCGUGGCCCCCAUGCCGAGCUUAGUGUCCAUUGAGUCAUGUCGCCGGCCCGAUAUUGGAGUUUGAAAGUCUUAGUCUCGGGGAGAAACCUAUCAGGCUCCGGAGGAGGACGGAAGAAUGAUAAGCAUUUCACUGGGGAAAGAACAGGCCCCGGGUCGACUCUUUUGUGUUGAACCCACUUAAUGCUGGGAGUGUGGCUUGGAUUCCUUAACCUACUUACGCUGGCUGUGAGAAGGCUAUGGGGACGAAUAAUAUUUUCCUUUUAUUCUCCAUUCUUAUUAUGAUGGGCCAGAUGAGUCGUUAGAAAGAGACGGAGGGUUUAUUUAAAUAUAGACAUGCUUGAAUAUUUUAUAAUACCCCUGCCCGGUCUGGUU